AUGGAAUACAUGAUGGACAAGUUCUCCGCAAAGAGCCCGGCUCUGAAGGGUGUGCAGUACUACAUGGGCUCCAGUGGCACUCCGGACCCAGUCAUGGAGAACCUGGACGGCGUGCAGUACUUCAGCAAGGGCUCGGCCAAAAUACAUAUACACAUAAUAACUGUGUUCAUCUUUAACUUUUUCCCCAUUUCUGUUUCUACAGGAGGGGAUACUUUUACUCCGUCAGACUCUGAAGGAAACCCUCUGCACACAGAUGUUGGGGGAUCCAUGGAGAAUUGCUGCAGUCUGAGAGUUUCUCCAGUGACCACAGGCCUGGAGAAGACAGAGCUGGACAACAUGGGUGAAAAGGGUGACAGCAACGUGUCCAGCAGCAAAAAGAGACGUCACCGGACGACCUUUACAAGCAUACAGCUGGAGGAGCUGGAGAAAGUGUUCCAAAAAACUCACUAUCCAGAUGUGUAUGUGAGGGAACAGCUGGCGAUGAGGACGGAACUUACAGAGGCGAGAGUACAGGUGUGGUUUCAAAACCGACGGGCCAAAUGGAGAAAGAGGGAGAGAUACGCUCAGAUCCAGCAGACAAAGAAUCACUUGACAGCCGCCUACGAUGUGUCAAUGUUGCCCAGAGCAGACAAUUACUCACAGAUUCCCAACAACCUGUGGGCGGGCCCGGCAGCCAGCGGCUCGGUCGUCCCCCCUUGCAUGAUCGCUCGGGGUUCGCCUCCCUGCUUGACCUCAUACCCGCACUCCCCCCACGGCGAGCAUGGCUAUGUGGCUUUCCCCAACCAGCAGAACCAGUUCAGCCACGUCUCCCUGAACAAUUUCUUCGCGGAGCCCCUUUUGAGCCCCACAGCCAACGGACACGCUUUUGAGAGCAAACCCGAGUUUGAGCGCCGCUCCUCCAGCAUCGCAGUGCUGCGCAUGAAAGCCAAAGAGCACACAGCCAACAUCUCGUGGACCAUGUGA